AUGCGGCCAGUGUCGGAAUCCACGCGGAUUUCCGUCACCGCCAGGCUCGAAGAGUUCCGCGACGGAACCGAACCAGAAAUGACGUUUGAGGCGGAUUUGAGCAACCAUGACAGGGCAGUGGUGCACGAGCUGUGUCGGAAGAUGGGCUUCGUUUCUAGAAGCCGCGGUAGAGCAGCAGCAGGUGACACGCCUGCUGGUCCCCAGCCCACCCUCUCCUCCUCCCUCCCCUGCCAGAUCACAGCAAGGCGGCAGCAGCUGCUGAUAAUGGCGUAUCAGGAGGAGAUAACGCGGGCAAUGGAGCAUCACCAGGUGGUGCUGAUACCACCGGAUCACAGCAAGGCGGCAGCAGCUGCUGAUAAUGGCGUAUCGGGAGGAGAUAACGCGGGCAAUGGAGCAUCACCAGGUGGUGCUGAUUGUGGGGGAGACGGGGUGUGGCAAGACCACCCAGAUCACACAGAAGCGGCAGUCAUUACCCAUCAUGGCAUAUCGGGAGGAGAUAACGCGGGCGAUAGAGCAGCACCAAGUGGUGCUGAUAGUGGGGGAGACGGGGUGCGGCAAGACCACCCAGGUGCCGCAGUUUAUUCUCGACCACGAGUGGGGGAAGGGCAGGCGCUGCCGCGUGCUCUGCACCCAACCCAGACGAAUCUCCGCUACUUCUGGUGGGUGGUGGGUGGUAGCGACUCUGGUGGUGCUGAUAGUGGGGGAGACGGGGUGUGGCAAGACCACACAUGUGCCGCAGUUUAUUCUCGACCACGAGUGGGGGAAGGGCAGGCGCUGCCGUGUGCUCUGCACCCAACCCAGACGAAUUUCGGCUACUUCUGGUGGGUGGUGGGUGGUAGCACCUGCACCACACAGACUCCUGAGCAGCACACACACUCACCUGUGGUUGUUGGCCUGGUGACUUUUGAGACGCCUCAAAAGUCUGCGAGCACCACACUCACCUGUGGUAGUUGGCCUGGUGCCGCAGGUCAUUCUGGAUCACGAAUGGGGGCAGGGGAGACGCUGCCGCGUGCUCUGCUGCACCCAACCCAGACGAAUCUCCGCUACUUCUCUGGCCGAGAGGAUAGCAGCGGAGAGAGGGGAGAAGAUCGGUCAAACAGUGGGGUAUCAGAUCCGGCUGGAGUCGAAGGGCAACCGCUCCUCGUCCCUCUGGCUCUGCACCAACGGCGUGCUGCUGCGCUGCCUCGUGGGAUUGUCUGGCCUCUUCCCUCCCACCUGCACUCCCUGCUCGCCCCUCCAACGCCUUUCCCUCUCUUUCCUUCCCGUGCCUUCCCCUUUCACCCCACAGUGGCCGAGAGGAUAGCAGCAGAAAGAGGGGAGGGCAUUGGGAAAACAGUCGGGUACCAGAUCCGGCUGGAGUCGAAGGGCAACCGCUCCUCGUCCCUCUGGCUCUGCACCAACGGCGUGCUGCUGCGCUGCCUCGUGGGAUUGUCUGGCCUCUUCCCUCCCACCUGCACUCCCUGCUCGCCCCUCCAACGCCUUUCCCUCUCUUUCCUUCCCGUGCCUUCCCCUUUCACCCCACAGUGGCCGAGAGGAUAG